UCGCUUUCCAGCGUUGUCCAGAGUUUUUGAAGAUACCGUGUGGUGGAAAGAUAGGAAGAUAUGCAUGCACAACACUUCAGGAUGGGGUUUUCUUUCAUUUAAAGAUGGUCUUGUCCGUAUGCAGAUGUGAUCAGAAAUUUGGUGUUGCCAGUGCUGAGGUUCUGGAUUUUGUAAGGCUUUUUACCUUUAAGCCGGACUGACCAUAUGUAUAGGUUCAUUAUGAUGUGCCAGAUCUAAUCCAGACUGUAAUGUUGUACUCAAGUAUUGGUGCUUUUUAUUGUUAUUAAUUUUCAAGGCUCAUAGUAAGUCCAUCUUGAGUCGUAAAGGUCAAGUGCUUUUUGUGUCAGAAGCACCACCAAUGUUUUUUUUUUUUAUUUAACUUACGGCUGCUUUGAGGUGCCCUUCCUUAAAUUUAUUUCAAUAUCAAACUUAGUAAUAGUGCACCACCGAUAAUGUCCAGACAAGCAGUAAUAACUGCAGCUGUUGUCACCUUGCUGGGCACCACUUUGGGCGGCCUGGUGAUAUGGAAAGCUGUGAAAAGCUGGAGACAGAAAAUCUCCAACAGGAACAAGAAUGGAGAGCUGGGGAAAGUGAGGAAGAAGGAGAAGGAGGAGUUGGAGGGUGUGGUAGUGAGCGAGCAUUCUCAUUGGCCCAUGCUUCCCCUGGCUGAGCAACUGCUGAAGGUGGAACCAGCCCUGGUGUCUUGCGCCAACGACUGGGAGGAGGUGUGGCCGGCUUUGCAGAGGGAGCUGGGAGUCUACCCAGUACUGGGCAUCGACUGCGAAUGGGUGUCGGUGAAAGGGAAAGCAGGUCCAGUGGCUCUCCUGCAAAUGUCCACAUUUAGUGGUCUCUGUGUUGCCAUUCGUCUGCUGAAAUUCCGAGGGGAUGGGCAGAGUGUCCCUCACAGCCUGCUGGGCAUCCUGCAGGAUGACUCCAUUCUGAAAGCUGGUGUUGGCUGUUUCGAAGAUGCCUGCAAGCUGAUGCGAGACUAUGGAAUCACAGUAAACUGCACUGUGGAUCUCCGGUACCUGGCCAUGAGGCAGAAACGGACCCUCAUCCAUAAUGGCCUGAGCCUGAAGUCAUUGGCGCAAGACAUCCUGAACUUCUCUCUUGACAAGUCCUUGCAGCUGAGAUGUAGCAACUGGGAAGCUGAGGAACUUUCCCAGGAGCAGGUAACGUAUGCUGGCAGAGAUGCCCAGGUAUCUGUUGCUUUAUUCUUUCACCUGCUGGGACUUUCCAUGACAACUCCAGAAGGCACAGCCCCGGAAAGUGUCUGUAAACAGCUGCUGGCCAAGUGUCAGGGGUUGGUGGAUGUGCCGUUCAAAGGGAGAGGAGGAGGAGGAGGGGAUGAUGGGGGCGCAUUAGUCAGUGGAGACAAGAAACUCCGAAACAGGAGGACAGGGUCGGACAGCAAAGCCCCUGCGGACGAGCAGAUGGUGGACCCCCGCAAACACAAGCGCAAGCCUCUGGGAGUUGGUUAUUCAGCCAGGAAGUCUCCGCUAUACGAUAACUGCUUUCUGCAUGCCCCGGAUGGGCAGCCCCUGUGUACCUGUGACAAAAAGAAGGCCAAGUGGUACCUGGAUAAGGGGAUAGGAGAGUUGCUGAGCGAGGAUCCGUUCAUUGUAAAGCUGAAGUUUGAGCCAUCGGGCAGACCAGAGUCCCAGCAGGAUUAUUACCUCACUGCCAAGGAGAACAUCUGUGUGGUGUGUGGAAGGACCGAGUCUUACAUCAGAAAAAACAUUGUCCCUCACGAAUACCGACGGCACUUCCCAAUCCAGAUGAAGGACCACAACUCCCACGAUGUGCUGCUCCUGUGCACUUCCUGCCACGCAGCCUCCAAUUACCAUGACAACCUGCUGAAGCAGCGGCUGUCAGAGGAGCACAGCGCCCCCCUGGGGUGCGAGGAGGGAGUGCGGCCACUUGAGGACUCUGACCGGCGGCAGGUCCGCUCUGGGGCGCGAGCCCUGCUCAAAGCAGACAGCCUGCCAGAGAGCCGGAGGGAGGAGCUGCUGGGGACCCUCCGCACAUUCUACAGCCUUGAUGAGGUCACACCAGCCUUACUGCAAGAGGCAGCCGGCCUGGAGACCAGGAUCUUCAAUGAGAGCUACAUCCCUCACGGUCUGAAGGUGGUCCAAGCCCACGCUAAGGGUGGUCUGCACGGCCUGAUGGAACUGGAGAAACGCUGGCGGCAGCACUUCCUGACCUCCAUGCAGCCACGCCACAUCCCCCCACUGUGGUCCGUCGAUCACAACCACAGCAAACUGCUGCGCAAGUAUGGGGAGGAUCUCGAGAUCCAGCUCAACUGAGUCUCGCAAGCACAGCCAUGGACUGGGAGGAGGGUUCAGCCACAGCGGACGCAUCCACGUGAACACUGCUGCUUUUUGCUUCCCUGUCCUAUCUUUUUUUUUUUUUUUUUAUGCGUUUAGUCAUUCGACAGUUUAAAAAAAAAAAAAAAAAAAGAUUCCACCAAAUUUUUAGAACUCUUAGUAUACUCUUUUUAUUUAUUGAUUUACAAUUUCCUAAAACAAACACAAAAUCUAGAUAGGGUACAUCAUGUAGUAUAUGCAUAGACAGAUUUGUAGAGAAGUGUUUCAUACUGUACUGCUAUUAGUAUGGCAGCUUUGGAUUACAUGCGGAAGUAGAUUUAAGAGUGCCAUUGAAUCAAGAGAGGACAUGUAAAUAGCGGGACAGGCGAGCCAGGGUGUUGUUAGAUACACUCAUUUUCAGUUGGUGGUCCUUCACUGUGGAAUGGCCCUACGCAUUUUGUUGUCUUUUUGGUGCUGAGUUUGGCACUUUAGGAAAAGGGAAGAGUUGUAGUUGUUUAUGGCUGAAGGCCUCCUAGGUCCAAGGUUAAAGGCUUAUUGGUAGUAAAACUUGCUGAAUCGUAGGUGCUCGUUUUUGACCCCAUGAAAUCUCGACUGCUUCUUCUGGAAUCUCUGGUUGGUGACUCGAAGGUUGGUAACUGACCAAGUAGUAUCCCAGACCUUAGCACUUUCAGGCUUCCCCGCAUGCUUUUUCACAUACCCUCCCUGCUGCCUUUACUGGGGCACUUUAUCUGCAAAAAUGUUUCCCAGUUUUGCAGUGGGAACAUUUUUUACAACUACAAAUCACUUACUGUUCUUCGCCUGACAAUUUUUAAAAGUGGUGCCAACUUUCUUUUUAUUUAGUGUAAUUUGAGAGUGAAAUUCUGGACCCAAUUUUAAACUACCAUUAGUGUAGCCUAAACCUGUAAUGGGGAUAAAAAAAAAAAAAUAUUAAAAAAAAGAAUAAUUUAAGAUUAAGAUGACAAACAUAGCUAAUGUUUAAGAAACUUGCUGCUUUCCUUUCCUUUCCCUUACGUGUUAAAAUGAACAUGAAAGCUGCUUUGUUUCCUUAAUUGUAAAAAAAAAAACAAAACAAAACACAACAACAUUCAAUAAAAAUAUUAAAGCUUAACUUUAAUUUCUGAGUAACAAUUGUUUAAUGGAGUGGCAUGUGCCAGUGUAAAUGUGCGUUUUCUGAUUAUUUAAGAAGGUAGUUGCAAACAAUUCUCAUUUUGGAGUUCUGAAGAAAUUAUUAAAAUUAGCCAUGAACGACAAAGUAUUCAGAGUUUAUCCCAUGAACAGUGAAGCACCAUUGCAGGAUUUUGCAACUAAAAGCCAUUAAGUGCUGCUCCAGGCUGUGUAAUGAAAAUAUAUAUUAACUGAGGAGCAAGAAGUGUGGAUGACUGGAGCUAUUAAACGUUAGGUUACUUAACGUAACCCUGGUUCCCUGAAAGAGAAGACGACCACCAAUGACGUUACGUAUGGAAUAUGCCUGCCCAUUGGGUAGGUGUUGCUGAGCUCUCAAUACCAGAGCUGCCGAUAGGCCGCUUCCUGAGAUGAUGCACUCGAUCCUGCCCACCGAGGAAUAAAACUAUCAUCAUGAGGAAGCCAUUUCUAUUUUUACCUUAACCAAGUAACCUAACGUUCCCUUUCAAUUCGAAGACUACCACCAAUGGUAUUGCGUAUGGGAUAAUGUAUACCAGAGCUGUCACGAGGGAGAAGGAACAACAGCAUAUGAGGAACGGACUAGCACUGUCUAACCCAGGAGUUAGCGGUGUGAACUUACACCCUAAAGGACCCUUCGUGCCUAAUGACGGCAGGGCCGGGUCUACCGCAUUAAGUGCAUGAAAAUGCUAGCUGCUGUGGUUGGGGAUAUAAAGCCAUUUUAAUUUAUGCUGGGAUGGUGGUGCGUAUAUGUGAUAUGUUAUUGUAUCUCACAAAUUAUUCUUAGGCUUCACAGGUAAAACAGAGACUGAAACAAUUCACAUUUGUCCUCCUUUAAAUUAAAGUUGGUUUGAACGCUCUAGCUACUGUGUUUGGGGAGAGAAUGCAUUUUUACGCAUGUCGGGUUAGUGUGAGUCAAAUAUCAAACGAGUAUCAAACGUCAAGCUAUCUUUACCGCGGUCUGUUUGGCAAGGCUAAAUAACCUGUUAACAGGGAUCUUCGUUCUUGUUUUUUGUUCGAUCAAGAGAGGUCCCUUUUUUUGAGCCGACUCCUAUCAAGUAAACUCUUGGAAAAGUGUUGAUUUGUAAGUUCACUUUAGUUCCCUUUCAAGUGGAAUGACAACCAUU